GUUGACGCGAGGUGUUUGCUGGGAAAGAUUCAAUAGGACGCCAUUUUGCUCUUCGAAAGAGAGGGAGAGGAGCAAAGGUUGUAGAUUUUAAACAGCCGUGCGCAUUUUCAGACACAAUGGCAAGUCCGGGAAAAGACAACUACAGGAUGAAGAGCUAUAAAAACAAAGCACUGAAUCCUCAGGAGAUGCGUCGAAGGAGAGAAGAGGAAGGGAUCCAGCUACGCAAACAGAAGAGAGAAGAGCAGCUGUUCAAGAGGAGAAAUGUAUGUGUACCUUCCAGUGAUGAAUCAAUGCUAGAAUGUCCAAUCCAAGAUCCAGAUAUCAGCUCCACAGUACCUGUUGCCGGUGAUGGGGUCAUAACUCCAGAUAUGAUUCAGAUGAUCUUCUCUGAAGACCCAGACCAGCAGCUAAUUGCUACACAGAAAUUUAGGAAAUUACUCUCUAAAGAGCCGAACCCGCCCAUAGAUGAGGUCAUUUCCACUCCUGGUGUUGUGAAUCGUUUUGUGGAAUUCCUGAAGAGGAGUGAAAACUGUACAUUGCAGUUUGAGGCAGCCUGGGCACUGACCAACAUUGCCUCAGGUACUUUCCUGCACACCAAGGUGGUGAUUGAAACAGGAGCUGUUCCCAUCUUUAUUGAGCUGCUGAACUCUGAGUACGAGGACGUCCAGGAACAGAUCUGUGAUUUGUCAGUUUUGGUCAGCGACAUUAAGGCGGUGUGGGCUUUGGGCAACAUAGCGGGAGAUAAUGCUGAGUGCAGAGACUACGUGCUCAACUGUGGCAUCCUGCCGUCUCUACAACAGCUGCUCGCUAAAUCCAACCGCCUCACAACAACCCGCAAUGCAGUGUGGGCUCUGUCCAACCUCUGCAGAGGGAAGAACCCCCCACCGGAUUUUGCCAAGGUGUCUCCUUGUCUCAGCGUGCUGUCCAGGCUUCUGUUCAGCAGUGAUCCAGAUGUUCUUGCUGAUGCUUGCUGGGCUUUGUCCUACCUGUCUGACGGCCCCAAUGAGAAGAUCCAGACGGUCAUUGACUCCGGGGUCUGCCGCAGACUAGUGGAGCUACUCAUGCACAGUGACUAUAAGGUUGUUUCUCCUGCUCUGCGAGCGGUGGGCAACAUUGUAACAGGAGAUGACAUCCAGACUCAGGUAAUCUUGAACUGUUCAGCACUGCCAUGUUUACUCCACCUCCUCAGCAGUCCCAAGGAGUCCAUCAAGAAGGAGGCGUGCUGGACUGUGUCCAACAUCACAGCAGGAAACAGAGCUCAGAUUCAGAAUGUGAUUGAUGCCAACAUCUUCCCAGUACUGAUUGAGAUCCUUCAGAAGGCAGAGUUCCGCACGAGGAAGGAGGCAGCGUGGGCCAUUACUAAUGCCACCUCGGGUGGCACUCCUGCACAGAUAAGGUAUCUGGUGUCUCUGAAUGCCAUCAAACCCAUGUGUGACCUGCUAACAGUAAUGGACUCAAAGAUCGUACAGGUGUCUCUGAAUGGCCUGGAGAACAUCCUCAGACUGGGAGAACAGGAGGCCAAACAGAAUGGAACCGGCAUCAACCCAUACUGCGCUCUCAUUGAAGAGGCUUAUGGCCUGGACAAGAUUGAGUUCCUGCAGAGCCAUGAGAACCAGGAGAUCUACCAGAAGGCCUUCGACCUGAUCGAACACUACUUCGGGGUGGAGGAGGAGGACGCCAGCCUGGCUCCACAGGUGGACCAGAGUCAAGGCCAGUUCGUCUUCCAGCAACAGGAAGGACCCAUGGAGGGUUUCCAGCUUUAACCCCGCCUUAACUCCACAGCUGCUUCUUCUUCCUGGUCUCUAAAUCUCUGCCAGAGACGGCGGCCUACUGGUCUGCAAACUCUCCUGGUUCCUCCCCUUAUCUCUGCUGGGCGGCCAGCUCCACCAGCUCCUCCCAAGACCUUCACUUCUACUAUGUCUUCACAACAACACCUACUCAGAGAGAUAGGGAGAGAGAUUUGUGAAUAUGGAGACGAAAGGUGAGAGCACAUUUGGCUCGCUGAGGCUGUUUGAGACUUCAGGAACCUAAUGCUGGUUCCCAUCCCACUCAUGAGAUGUCUGUCAUGGAAAGCCAAUUCAUGUUGAAGAAAUAGUUCAGUUUUUUCCUUAGUGAUACAGUAUGCUUUUCCUUUGACUACCUGUGAUUCUGUCAUUCUGAAUGAUGUUAAUGAUAUUUGUGUUACAAUUAGAACCUGGUGUCUCCAAAUCAGCAUCCAUAUCCCUUUUUCAAUGUGAAACUACCUCUCAGUCUUCAGAAAGGAACCAGAAGGAAGGAAGGAAGGAAGGAAAGAAGAAAAGCCCUAAAUGAACAGAUAAAGCAUCAGACUGAUUUUUUUUCUUUUAUUAUGAUCCAAUCUUGAAUAAAAUCCUGGGUGUUCAGAUUGGUGGUGUGGUGGCUCCCCUGUCAGAAGUCUAUAGGCAUGUAGUGGAUGUAAAUACAGUACUACUGUAUGUCCUGGUGUUGCCAUACUGUCAGUCUGAAGCAGCUGCACAUGGUCUCUGGGCUCUUUCUCUUCUCCUGUAUAUUUCAAAGGACUCGAUGAGCACCUGAAGCACCCUCCGGGUCUUUUAUUUAUUUGUCUUUUAGGAGCUGUGGAGAACCUCCUCUUUCUCUUCUCCACCCCUUAGCUCUGACCAAAGGCAACUGCUUCCUGGAUUAUGUAAGUUAGUUUGAAAUCUCUAACAGUGUUGGCUCUUUGCUAGUGUUUCGCUGCUUAUUUUAAAUGUUUUCAGAGAGCAGUAUCAGGGCAAGACAGGUGCUGUCUGUUACAUGAUGCAGUGUGUGCAACAAUCUUGCUAGUUAAAUGUUCUGUUUUCUAAUUUCUCACUGAACUAGCACCGUAAUAUAUCUUAAAUUAUUUUUUCUGCCUGCACUCACUUCUUUGAUGUGAUGGGAUUCGUCAACUAACUGGAGGGUUUGUAUAUUAUAUAUACAUAUAAGAAAGUGUAAAGAAAGUAUUUAAGUGGCUGUGGGAAGGUGUGAUAUGCAAUUACGUUUUGGGACUGGUGUGCAGUUGUACCAUUUCCAGUCCAUCACUGCUUCUCCUUUAUGCACCCCUGAAAGUUUCUGAUUUAUUUUGAGGAAGUUUGUCUCCUACAUUUUUUUUUCGUGUCCCGAUUUUGUGGUUUGAAGUCUUACGAUGGAAGCACAGUGUUUUGUUUUCCCCUGAACCAUGAGUUUUUGUUUCAGUGCGUGCACAUUUGAGUACAGUAAUUGGUGGAGAACCGAACAUGAAAUUAAUCUAUAUUUACGUGAAAUGAAAAAUAUUUGUAAUGCAGAAAUUACAUCAAGCACAUUCAAUCGUGUAUAGUUUUCUAAUAUUUCUGGUUUGUAUGAUUGUAUAUCAUUUUUUAGGUUUUGGUAGUGUUUUUGUUUUCUCUUGUUUGGGAAUUAAUUUGCUGUGUUCUUGUGGCUCUCAGUAGACAUUGUGUAUUAGAGCUCCAGCAGCCUGUGUACAGAGUGAAUUACUGUAUGCAGCCACAGUCUGCGCUUCCUAACACGGAUCACAGAGGUCCGACAGUGAAGCCGGGUUAGACUGUCUGUAAUGAUGCCUGGUUCUUCUGGGUGGGGAUGCACACGUAUAUUGUGUAACAAGAGUUAAUAAAUUGACCUGUUGGAUACAAACAUA